GUAGCUGUAAUUUAGAAAAGAAAACUUUUCACGUCAGUUUGAUUCUCUAGAAUGCUGCGUUAUCAUGUCAGACUUGGUUCCACGUGUCACAACAAAGAGGAGAAGGCUGUAAGACGCGCGGAAGAGUUUCGAUAGUGAUUCUAAUCGUGAAUUAUCGUAGAAGCGCAUAAGGAUAAAGAGCGGAACGAACGAUGGAGAACGACACGCAGAGCUGACGAACGAAGAACAGUGGGGGACAAUCGCGAAUGUUUCUCGACCAACAUCCACACACGGCACCGCAAGGUGGAACGGCUAAUUGCAGUUGUACCUGCGUCAUCUGUGCGCUGACGCGCUCGCGAAUUCGUUUUCGCGUUGAAAGCGCGUUCGUUCUCUGAAAUCGUUUUCUUCGCGUUUUCGCGCACCUACGUUUUUAUUAUUAUCUUUUUUAAUAACAUCUUUGUAUUAUUUUUUUUAAAUUUGAACCAUGAGACGAGGAUCCGUCAGCAGUUGGCAGUCCUAUGGACAGCGAAACUCCGACUGUAUGAUGCAGACGUAUGAGGGUAAUACCGCGCUUCCUCCGCCUUGCGAGGAAAUUGUCCAUCAACGAAAGGUGGUUAGGUUUUUAACGUAUAAAAAAGUCCUCUCCUUCAUUGUCUUGUUCGUGAUCAUUGUGAUCGUCGCCGGUCUGAUCGGAUGGAAUAUAGGCACGAUGCCUAAAACGAGAAUAUACGAUCCGUUAGCCCUCAUUGAAGAUGAGGUAGAGGAAGGAGGCGAUAUCAUCAUGGUCCCGAUAUCACCUUUCAUUCAUCCCUCGAGAUAUACUCUCGAGUUAAUGCUGCCGAGUGAUGUCAAUACAACGUCAAAGAUGAAAGGGCGAGUCAUUAUCGAAUUCCGCAUGGACGACACAACAAAUAAAUUAUCUCUCAAUGCGAGAAACAUUACGGCAACGCGUUAUAAGCUGUCACUCUUAGAAGAGAAUAGUGCACGAGCAAAAAGAAGGCGUAGGAGGCGCGCCGAGGACGAUAAUAAAGGCAGCCAAGAUAACGCUGCCAACGCUACCACUUUGGCUUCUACUGCGAUGUCAUCGGUGCAAUUAGAAAAUCAACAAGAAACAACGCGCGCUAUUGUCACGGAAUAUCCGCCAGAAAAUGCAACUGUUUCUAAUAAUGAAACUUCUUCUUUGAGAAACGAAAGCUCCUCCGUGCAGGAUAAAAAAAUUGAGGAAUCCGCGAACGCAACAACAUCUAGAUCGGUGGACAUGGUGGCGUCUACAUCCGGUAAUGGAAGCAUAACCGAAGUGGAGAUUCAACGAUAUGAAGAGGAUGCUAAUAACGGAUUACACGUGAUACAUCCGGCCGUUGCUAUGAGCCCGGGAAUGUACAGCUUGGAGAUCGAUUACGAGAUUCUGCUCGAUGGCAAGGCGAUUUAUUUGGCGAGCUACAACGAGACUGGUGAAGGAAAUAAAUCGUUGAUCGGAACGCGGUUGAAACCUGUGGGAGCUUCGCAUCUUUUGCCUGUCUUUGAUGACAUAAAUCUCAAGGCUGUCUUCUCGGUGUCCGUGGCACGUCCACGCGAAGCUAGAGUCCUGUCGAACAUGCCUCUCAGUAUCUCCAAAGACAUGUCGGAUGAUCGGAUGUUUGACAGCUUCAGCGAUACUCCAUUGCUUUCACCUUACAAUUUGGCUUUUGUAAUGGGUGAGAUCGAGUCAUUAGGCGAGACAAAAAUCGAGUCGUUGGGGCCUGAUAACGCGACAGUGAUCUUCUGGAGUGAUUCAAAAAAGCGAUCCCGAGGAAUUUACCUUCUCGACAAACUCGAGCAAAUCGUCGUAUGUUUGAACAACGUGUUCUCGAUGCCUUAUCCACUACCGAAAUUGGAUAUCGUCGCACUACCGUCGCGAAUCAUCGAUAACACUGGAAGCCCGGGAUUAAUAUCAUUGAAGCAAUCGUUCUUCUACGCCGCGGAUCGAUCUCCCAUGGUCACGAAGACGGACGCGUUAAGCGCUCUGAUAAGCUUGAUAGGAGAACAAUGGCUAGGCGGCGUUGUGAACAUGAAGAACUGGACGGACGUUUGGCUGCUUGAAGGCUCUAUGCUCCAUUUGCAACAUGCGUUGAUGGAGAAGAUAGAUUCGUCACUGGGCUCCAAUCUUGCUUUUCUCGCCAACGUGCAAUGGGAUGCCAUGGAAGAAGAUAGUUACAGCGUUUCGAGAUCGCUGCAAUCGAAUGUCAAUCCUGCCCAUCUGGAUUUCUCGAACGAUAACGCUCGUCAUAAGAAAGGUGCAUGCUUGAUUCGCAUGUUGCAUGGCGUGAUAAACGAUACCGCCUUUAGGAACGGCUACCGGAAAUUCAUAGCGAGGUGGAAUUACUCGACAGCAAGCGUUGACGAUUUUUGGGAAGCGAUGGCGGAAGAAACCAUAGGUUUGCCCAUAGAAAUCACGUUGUCCGAGGCGAUGAAUUCUUGGAUUUCGCAUCACGGAUAUCCGAUUGUUAGCGUCAUGAGGAAGUACAAGGAAGGUACCGCUGUCAUUCGACAGCAAAGAUUUACAUAUGACCAAUCAUCCGACAAUCAACCGACCUGGUACAUACCGCUUGACUAUAUUAACAAAACGAGCAAUGAUUGGUCAUCUCCGACGAAGAUAUGGUUCCAUUCUGAAGCGGAGAUGGUGGUGCAUAACGUUGGGGCGGAAGAUUCUUGGGUUGUGUUCAAUGUGAAUAAAACAGGUUAUUAUCGUGUGCAUUAUGACGAGGAAAAUUGGAAGCUCUUGGCACAGGCUCUCGAGGAGAAUCACGAGGUCCUCCCGGCAGAAACCAGAGCGUCACUCAUCGACGAUGUGCUCGGGCUCGCCGCGGUCGGCCUGACGAAAUACGCGACCGCUUUCGACUUUAUUAAAUAUAUGCAAAUGAAGGAACGACAUUAUGCUCCUUGGGGUGCUCUGAUGCGUCAUCUGUUGAAGUUGAACGGUCUCCUUUACGAGACGUCGGGUUUCAGUCCUUUUCAGGAGUUUACACUAAAGUUUACUUCAACAUUGUACUCAGACGUGGGGUGGAAGAUCGAUGAAGGAUCGCGACUAACUUUGACCGCUCUUACAAUAGCGUGUGCUUUCGAGAAUGCGGACUGCCUUGAAUGGUCCAAGAAUCAUUUUGCGAAAUUGAAGGAUCAUUCCAAUGCGGACGAAGUCGUACCAGCGUACGCACGCGAAGUGCUGUACUGUACGAUUGCGCGAUACGGCACACGAAACGAAUGGAAUUAUUUCGUUGAGAGGGCAAACUCUACCGCAGAUGGAGAUGAAAAAAAUCGUCUUUUAUCGGCGUUUGGAUGCUUCCAGACGCCAUGGAUCCUGCAGACGAUACUUAGUGAGCUUCUCGAAGGAAAGAUCUAUAACGAGGACGAGACGCAAAGGAUCUUAAGGAGUUUUCCACAAAAUCCGGUUGCUGCGCAAAUUGCCUACAAGUUCGUGCAAAAUAAUUGGGAGGUUAUCGUCACAAGAUUUUCCAAAUCUCGUCCGAUCUUAAAAGCUUUUGCACUGGCGACGACGAAUGGCUUGAUUAGCGAAGAAGAUUUUGAAGAUUUUCAGACUUUCAGCGAAGAUAAUCUCGAAAGCAUAAAGAUCGUGGGGUACACAAUGGCAAUGGUCGAGGCACACGCUAAAUUCGCGAUAAAGUGGUUAAAGGAAUUCUUGCCGGAAGUGCAGGAGUGGUUAACAGCGAAUAAUGCCACGGAGAUAUCGACAUGAAUAAUUGAGUGAGAUCCAUCGGGUGUAAUAGAAUAAAGAGAACGUCCUCUGCGCCCUGCAAUCGAUUCGCUUUCGCUGUGCGGCUGUCGGUGCUCGCACGCGAAAAGAACUGCGAGAACUUUUCUACGACAACAAGUUUUAUUUCUUCGUAUGCUUUUGUCAAGCAUGAUUACAAAACCAAGCAACAAGAAUCUCGUCCUUAUAUCGUGUAGCCUUAGAACGACGGUCGUUAGUAUAUAAUUAGUUAGUAGGUACAUAUUUAACAAACGAUAUACAUAAUAAUCGUAUCUAACGGUGGUAAUUAUUAUUCCAAUGUUCACCGUAAACUCUCCGUUUUUCGCUCUCGUUAACGGCGCUCUAUUGCUAUACGGUACGCUCGUUUUAUAACACACUAUGUUAUCGUUACAAUAAUCUAUCCGUACCGUCCUUACUUUUCUCGUCUUUAGCCUAACUCGUUAAAUGCGUUUAGUACGGUAUUCGCAAGCUAUCGGAUACGCAGUUCGAGGGUUGGAAGCGAUGAUUUAUUUCGUCGUCGUUUGGGGCUCGGCCCCAUCAGAGAGAUUUAAAAUACCCGAUGUUAAAUCGAGAUCUUAAAUACACCGCGAAGAAUUCCACCAUUUCGCUCUUCGCGCGUGUCGUGAGAUCCUCCGAGACGAGUUAAAAUCGCAGAACUGCACAUCGCCGACUUCAUAUUGCCUCGGCGAACGUCCAACUCACUUUUUACAAUGCAUUUAGCGCUAAAUGCAACUUUUCUCCUAUACCGUAUUUAUGUGGCACGCGACUUUACAAACGUACACGUUUAACGCUAAAUGCAGCCGCCUGUUUUUUCACUUCACGUUUAUAUUGAAUAAUAUAUCCUCACAUUUGGACAAGCUGGAGAAGUGACAGCCGCGUUAAGAAUUAAACAGCCGCGUCUAACGCGAACUGUGGCUGUGCAAUUUUCAUCAUUGUAUUACAUCAGAAUCUCGUAUUAAACUCAGCGCAUUUAGUGCUAAAUGCGCAUUAGCGCAUCUAUUUGCAAAUAAAAUUUCUCGGUAUACGAGAAUUGUUCAAAAAUGUUUUUAUUUUCCGAUCUUUCGUACAUUGCAGGGGUUAUUUUUUUUUUAAACGAAACAUAUCUAUCUCUCUAACGAAGUAUGGUGGAUAUAUUGAUGAUACAUCACAUAAAUAUUUCGUUACAAUUUUACUACAUCAAUCACAAUUUAUGAAAACAUGUAUGCUUCUUACAAGGAAGAUCUAUAAGUCGGCAAGAUGCAAUUUUCUGGGGAUAUUAACUAUUUCAAAUAAUUUCUCUCUCACUUGAUAUUAAUAUAUUUUUGUUUGCUUUUGGGAACUCCGUUAUGUAAGAUAUAUUUUAUUUCGUUAAUAACCCCUUCGAGUAAUCGCUUAGAAAUGGUGUCGAUCGUUUAUUGUCUUCACACAAUUCACUCGAUUUUAUCAGACGUAUUAUUAUCGGUGUUGCGUGUGAGCGCAUUGUUGACAUUCUAAAACGAUCGCGUAUGUAUGAUAAAAAACGAACUGUUAACAUUUUGUGCGCGAUUUCAAAUAAACAAACGGGAUUCCAUUGAA